AUGGAGGCGUUAAUUACUUUAUCUGUUUUUACUGUAGGCAAAAUAUGUGACAAACCGCUACUCCAUGACGCAAACACUUUUCCAGAUUCCAUAUUUUCUGGCGGUGGUGAUUUAAACGUUAAUUAUAAACGUGCAAGGAUUACUAAAGGUGGCUGGUGUCCAUUGGGCUCUGGCACUAGAUAUCUUAUGCUUGAUCUUCAGAAACAAUAUCACAUAAAACAAGUUGUGGUUAUGGCUGAUAUAGAACAAACAAGGUGGAGCGGCUCAUAUUCGUUAAAAUACAGUCAUGAUAGAACAUUGGUGGAUCGUAGCAGUACAAUACGGGUAUAUAAAAAAGAUAGUGAGCAUUCUUUCCCAGAAAGAAUGUAGAUAAAACUACUUCUUGCAAGAUUAGCUCGUAUCCAUGGGGAGGGGACAAUAACUGGCUCCUUGACUUAUUUCCCCUGAACUGGUAAAUCGGGGUAAAUAUACGCUUAGCCUAUUUAAUUAAUCACCGCGGUACAUAAAAGAAAACCAGUACAAUCAUGAAUUAAAUACUGCUUAUAUUCACUCUAUAAUUUCAGUGGUCGCAAUAGCCUGCUGGUUUAUAGAGCUCCGAACUUUUAUGCAUGAACUCCCAAGUCAAAUCACUGCUGAAGCCGUUAAAUUCCAUUCAUAAAAUGUAUUUGAGUGAUAGGGUCUUUUCUAUUUGUACAAAGUCCGAUCACUUAUUUUAAACAGAACAAACACUAAUUUUUUAAACAGAUUAUAGCGCUGGGUUGCAUACAGGAAAAUGUCGAUUCCUGUAUUUAACUGUACAUGUUAAUUUAGCCAUAUUGUUAUUUUUGUCUUUCCAUCGGUGCAAGAAAGGUAAAAUUUAUUUCUGAAUUCUUACAAUGUUCCAGAUAAAAGGAAACAAGUAUCGCUUCAAAGCAUCGACAACAAGCCUUAAUAUUUAUAAUGUGAGGUAUAUGAAAAUAGAAUCCACUGAAAAACAAAACUUUUGUCUUCGAAUAGAACUGUGUGGAGAGGGUAAGACAUGACAUUGCUAUUAGUUGUCAGUAAAAAUUAGGAUUUUUAUCAUUCUCUUCAUUAAUAUAGGUUUACAGUUAGAAUUAGUCUUAGAUAGUGAUUAGUAGCUAGAUAGUUGAAAAUUUUAAUUGUUGCAUGUGACAAGUCGUAAUUGAGCUUUAUCAUGUGAUAAUAACAUGCAUGCAUAUUCAAUUUUUAACAUAUUGACUAGAGUAGAUUUGUCGAUGACUAGAUCCUAAUGGUAAAGGAUUAAACGUAUCGUGAAAGCCCUGUUUUUAUCCAAUGGCAAAAAAUCCUUAUAUCUUGGUAGACAUGCAGAUUGAUUUUGUCUUGAUCAAGACACAACUUUCCUUUUGAUGUAAUAGUUGAAGGGAACUGAAUGAAUCAAACUCCAUCCUUUACCAGGGUUCGGUUGUAUAAAACGCUUAGUUACGUUUUAACCAAUAUUUUGUAGUUAAAUAGUAGUUAACUCUAAAAUACGCGAUUUUUAUUGAUUGACUUCCGGGCUAACUCUAGUUAACUUCAAUUAACUAUACUUUUUUAUACAACCGGCCCCCAGAGCAUGGUAGUAUGAUCAAAGUGUACUUGAUCAUGUUUCAAGUAUCACUAUGUGAUUAUGCAGUUCAAAUCUGUAUGAACUUUAAAAUCGUAUGACUAAUAUAUUUUUUGCAUAGGAUAAACAUGCAUGUGGUAUAUAAAUUUAAAAAAACUUAAUGAUUAAUUGGAUCAGGGAAAUCAGGGAUGUUUGACGACGUAAGGCGAAUUUAGGCGAUUCAGUGCGACUCAUGCGGUGCGGACUUAAUAAAGCGAUCGGUUGCAUGGUCCCGUAGUGUGGACUUUAAUAGUAAAACCAUGGUUAAAUCAAUUGUUUGCUAAUAUUUGCAUUGUUUUUAAUUUUAGUUCAAACGCCAGCUCCUGUAAAGAAUAUCAAUGUUUCACCAUCGGAUUACUCUGCACGUGUGACCUGGGAAUUACCUACAGCACCUCAGGACUCCAGCUAUGUAACACAUUAUUUAAUUUAUCUCAACAACAAAUUUGUGAAGGAGAUAUCUCGAGCAAUGUAUGGAACUGAGUUCAAUAUUCUUCCACUUGAACCGAACACUGAGAAUACUUUUGGAAUACAGACCAAAGAUGGUUCUGUCCAGAGAGGCACUUACGUCACUGAAACCUUUACAACUAAACAAGCAGGUAAAGAUAGACAUGAGGUUCGUGCAAAACUUGAAAGUCCUUGAAUGUCCUCGCAUUUGUAAAGGAGUGCUUGAAAGUCCUGGAAUUCGUCUUGCUUUAGUUUAUGGAUAUUUUAGUUCUGAAAUUAUUUGACAUUCAAAAAUGGACAUUUUGUUGAAUUGAUUUUACAUGAUCAUAUUUGAAAAAGUUGUUUGAAAUUCACUAAAGUUGCGUUUUGAACAAUUCAACGUGACAUUGUACUGAUUUAUAACGCUUUUUUUUCAGUGUUAAGUGCUUGAAUUUGUUGAUACAUGUUCUAGAAUGUCCUCGUCUUCGAAAAGUCCUUGAAUUUGAUUUUUUCUGAUAUGUAUAUACGAACUCUGGAUAGAAGAUCCUCAAAAAAAGUUACUUAUCCCCGCGUAUCAAAAUAAGCCCCUCUCUAAACUCCUUGUUUUUAGAGAAAAUUUAUUAAGCCCUCUCAUCUCCCCUUCAAUUGCAUGAGCAAAGACUAGAUCCACUUAUUGACCAUGGAAUUUCACAUAAUUUACUUCAUUUCAUACUUUUAGAACCUUUUGGGUCGAUAUCUUAUUCAAGUCUAACCAUAUCGAAACCACCGGCGUAUAUCAAGUAAGUUCACCUGAUACUUCGACCAAACAUGAGGCUUGCGAUUAGGGAGCUUAAGCAAGCGACGUUUUCGCGGCCGACACGGACGUCAGAUUGCCGAGUGGGAACUGGAUUAAAAACUCUGUUUGUAUCAGUUUGUGGGGAUCUUCAACACAUGUGACAAAAAAAUAAGAUUUUUAAAGUCUUUUGCUUCGUUGCAUGAACGCAAUGAUGCAAAAUGCGGGCAAAAUCAGUUGUACCAAUCUUCGGAUGAAGUUUCAACACGGACACGCUUGCUCAAGCUCAAUAUUCUCGAUCACUAAGACCUGGUUAUUUACAGUUCACUGCUAAGACCUAGCCUGCGUGCAGCCUCAACCAGAAUUCAUUAAAUAUCAAGUUAUGUCGCAGGCACGCAGUCGCAGGCUAACUGAAACCUAAAGGUUCAUUUUCUGAGAGGGAGAAAAACCGGAGGACCCGGAGGAAAAUUAGAUAAUGAACCAUACAUCAAUUACAUAAUUAGUUUUUAAGCACAAGGAAGUUACUUUGCAACCUCAGUAAAUCCUAUUAAUUCAACCUGCAACAGCAUGCUUAGCAUAGCGGCAAGGGGCAGCACAUUAAUCGUAUCUGCAUGUUGUCACCCAUGGUUUCCUGGUGAUAAUUUCGAAUCCAAUCACACUACUCUAAUUUCUUUGAUGUUGUUAACAUGUAUUUGUUCGUCAUUAAGAGAGGUGAUGGUCAUCGUACAAAUUGCCUCCGACAAUCCAAAACCAGUCAAAAGCCUCAAAGCAAGCGAUCUUAAACCUUACCAGGCCAACACACAAGAUCCAUACAUCACUGCUUAUUUGAAAACUGAUGCUCUGCCUUUGACGUUCGUGAUCGGUGAUGGAAAGGAGUAUAAUUCGGAAAAACAAAAAUACUUCAAUCAACCUCUGAAACAGAAUUCAAGUUAUAUUUUGUUCCUCAGGUUCUUUGAAAAUCAGGUAAAUUCUGUAAAUACAGAGCUUCUUUGUUCAUAUUUUGGACAAAAACUUUUGUUGGUAGAAAACUUGAUUAAUUAUAGUAUUUUUUUUUGUAAAGAACUCGUACUACUCGACAGAAUGGAGCAACAUUACUAGGACGUUCGUAAAACCUCCAGGUAAUGAUUUUCAUAGGACACAGCUUCGUAUAAAUUUAAAUGAGAAGACUUAUGAUUGCAUAUUGCAUGUAAACCCAUUUUUAUGAAACAAAAGUGAAGUCAACAUCUGGAACUACGGUGUACCAUACAAACAAAACCGUACAAUGUCCGACAGUGCAGGGGGAAUACACUACAUGAGUGAUGAAAAACGAGUAAUUUCGAAUGAGUCAUUUGUCCAGGACCACUAGAGAUGGGCCAUCUCGACCAAUCCCACUGAUUGUGCAGUAAUCAAAUCAUAAGUAGCUAGUUUAUUGCCAUAUAAGAAAACUGCAUUGAAAUACAAGUGUGGCAUUUGUAAAACCAAUAGCUAUUUUUUCAGGUAUAUUUUACUCUGUCCAGAAAUGCUCGGUCUAUAAAUCUCCCUCGUGAGUUUGAAAUGGUGUAACGAUUAAUCAGAAAUCGUUUUUUUUGCCAUAUGUAGCGGAUGAUUUGAUUGAAUAAGAUACCUAAUGAUGGCAAUUUCUCUGUCAAGUGUCAAUAUAUGAUACUAUGAGCAACAUUGGAAUUUUCUUAGUGGAUAAUCCACACAAUACUUUCCAUCUACACUAUCCUCACCUAUUAUUCAAUCGAGUGAGAUGCCAACAAAAUCUUAAUAUUUACACAUAACCUAUACAUGGCAGUAUCCUAGUAUAUAUACAUAAACUUGAGCAAAGAGCCUGGGAACGAGGUUGGCUCGACAACUGGACUCUGUAGCUCAGUUGGUUAGAGCGCUGCACCGGAAUCGCAGGGCCUCAGGUUCGACUCCUGCCAGGGACCUAUAGUUGCAUUUUUCGAAGCUGUUCCUGGUUAGGUCUAAUAAAUGUAUAUAAAUUUCCACUCGAUAAUUUCCAUCUACAAUUAGCCAUUCUGAAGUUGAUGAGAGGACUGGGGACGAGUGUUAAAAAGUGUCCAAAUUAAGAAAUGAACCAAAUCACUAAAAAGAUCACCUCAGAAUUAGUAAGUAUACAAACUUUGAAAACGUUUACAUGAAUAUUCUUCGAAUAAUAAGCUUUCAAAAAUUGCGAAAUUACUGAUUAAAAGAUUGUUUUUGGGACGUGCGUCCCAAAAACAAAAAUUACAAUGUAUUUCAUAUAAAUAUCACGAUUUUUGAAAGCUUAUUAUUCCGGCGAAGGAUAUUCAUGUAAACGUCUUCAAACAUUAUUGUAUACUUACUAAUUUUGAGGUGGUCUUUUUAGUGAUUUGGUUCAUUUCUUAAUUUGGACACUUUUUAACACUCAUCCCCAGUCCAAUCAUCAACUUCGGAAUGGCUAAUACCUUUCAACUAUAAACAGCGUCGCAGUUCAUACAUAAUAGAGACCUUACGAUUUUAGGACGGCAACGCGACGGCAACGGCUACCAAUGCAAUAAUUGAUCAUUGAAAAGAAUUGAGUAAUUACAAUAUAUGAAUAAUUUAGACAUUGUCCUCGCUCUGUUUACAACGCCAAAUCACAGAUUUUCACGUCUUGCUACAACGGCUGCAUUCCAAGCCACAACAAGUGCAACGUCAAACUGGGUUUAGCAGAACUCUACCCAACCAUAAAACGCAUGUCGUCAACUUCUAAGACUGUAUUAAAUUCAUAUGAUUGAUAAUAUACGACGAACUAUCUUUACUACCAUUCAUUUGAAGGACUUUGUUUUGGCCGUUGCCGUCCUAAAAUCGUAUAAGGUCUCUAAUAUUACUUCUCAAACGGACAUGCAUGUAUUUAAAGAGAAAUUCAAGGCAAUAAUUUAUGAGCGUUUAUAACCGUGGUAGCAAGACAAUGAUACGGUUCUGGUUUCCUUUGUGUUUUGCUUAUGAAUUAUGAAUAAGUUUGUAUAGGUAAUAGUGUGGUUUCGAGUGCAAUUUGGAAAAAAAAACAUGCACGUGUGAGUUUUUCAAAGACUGUCAAAAUUGCACGAGUCUGAAGGACGAGUGAAAUUUGAAGUCUUUGAAAAAUUCACUCCUGUAUGUUUUUUUUUCAAAUUUUGCACGAGAAACCAUACUAUUACCUAUAAAUAUAUAUAUAUAUAUAUAUAUAUAUAUAUAUAUAUAUAUAUAUAUAUAUAUAUAUAUAUAUAUAUAUAUAUAUAUAUAUAUACACACAAACUUAUUCAUAAUUCAUAAACAAAACACAAAGGAAACCAGAACCGUAUCAUUGUCUUGCUACCACGGUAAUAAACGCUCAUAAAUUAUCGCCUUGAAUUUUUCUUUAAAUACAAGUUCCUUUGAGACCAUGCUAGCCCGUUUGAGACCAUGCUAGCUAUUCUUAUUAAUAAUAUAAAUGUAAAAUGAAAAAAUUAAUGCCAGCCAUUUUUGUCACUCCUAAAAACUCCUAAAUGUUUGUGUUUUUUUAUUAUUUCGGCUGGAAAUUGCUGUAUCUUGCUAUCUUUGUUAUUGUUUCUUAUUUUUAGCCAAUCAGAAAGCCUAAAUAGUCAAUGAAAUUUGCACUGUAUUUCAUUUUUUGGCACGGUAUUUCAAGAAAAUUCCACUGCUCUUAGGCAAUCAGAAUUGAUAAUUUUUUCAUUUUUCAUGUAUAUUAUUAGAGAAGGAAUUGUACAAUAUUCUAUACAAACAAUGCAGUGAAGUAUGUUAUGUUGCAGUACGGUACAGUACAGUACAGUACAGUACAGUACAGUACAGUACAGUACAGUACAGUACAGUACAGUACAGUACAGUACAGUACAGUACAGUACAGUACAGUACAGUACAGUACAGUGCAGUACAGUACAGUACAGUACAGUACAGUACAGUACUAUACAGUACAGUACAGUACAGUACAGUACAAAUCAACACAGUACAGUACAGAACACUGAAAUUAAUAUGGAUAAUUAACUACCGAUCAUAAUUAUUGUUUAUCACCCUAAUUGCUGUGACAUUAGCUUAUUUAAAUACCUAGUUAUGUUGUUUCUGCUGCAAUACAGACAUGCAGCGUGCUGUGAUAUAUACAUGUUCUAGUGUACUUUUCAACGUUUAGACAAAGCAUGUUCAAAUGACACCAGCCGUGGAACAGAAUGGUAUAUUGUUGUCGUAACAUUGGUGUCUGGAAUUAUCAUUGGAAUUCUCCUUUCCUACAUUGUGUCGUGUUCUCGUCGUAAAUUUAGAAGGAGACAACCUCGAUCAAGCCAUGAACCAGAGACAACUGAAGCUGAUGCAACUUAUCAAGAGCUUGAUCUUACAAAAAUGAACACAGAAGAUAAUUAUCAGUCGUUGAGGGUGAAUGCUGAGGAGGAGUCAACAUAUACUGAGUUAAACCAAACCAGAGAUGUAGAGGACAACUACCAAUCUCUAACUUAAACUUGGAAUAUUUAAUGGUGAAAGGUAGCCUCCUCCUUUUAUUCUAUAGGGGUAACUUUUGUUGAAGUUCUUGUGGUGGAGACGCCAUUUUUGUUUAAAGUGAAAAUAGAGAGGCUCGUCAAUCGAUAAAUAAAAAUUGAUACUCGCAGUAGAAAACCCUGACUUUCGAGAUUGACUUGAAGCCAGAUCAUACUGUUUUGUUUUCCAGAGAUUUACAGUAAUUGCGACGAGUAGUAGAUCCGUUUCUGAAACAACAUUAGCUUUCCUGCUUGUUGGAACUUGAGGUGUGCAGCUUAUCUGUCUUAUCCUAUUGCCUCAGUGCUAGUUUGAAAACUGAAAUUGAAGCAUCGGCGAGUCUUGGCUUCUCUAUGGCUGUUCUUUUGGGCGGUCUAGAGUGUCAUAUGCGUGAAGACCUCACUUGCAAUAUAUAUAUAUAUAUAUAUAUAUAUAUAUAUAUAUAUAUAUAUAUAUAUAUAUAUAUAUAUAUAUAUAUAUAUAUAUAUAUAUAUAUAUAUAUAUAUAUAUAUAUAUAUAUAUAUAUAUAUAUAUAUAUAUAUAUAUAUAUAUAUAUAUAUAUAUAUAUAUAUAUAUAUAUAUAUAUAUAUAUAUAUAACAAUAAUGAUGUUUAUAAUUUAUAAUUUCGGUUUGAUGAGAUACUAAUUUCAAUGUGUUUUCUGUUUUUAGAGCUACAAUCUUGGACAUAUUAUUGAUGGCAUGCAGACUACUUUUCCCACUUUAUACAAAAGUCGAUAGAUUUUAUGCCAAUUUUUCAGAACAUUUAGCUCAGUCCGUCAAUACACAUGCAGGGUGCAUGUAUAAAAAAAUACCUUUAAGUCCCCAUACAGACGGGCAAUCUUUUCUUGACGAAUUUUAUUUGCUCCUUAAGAAUUUUCCUAGCCAGGGAGGUCAUGCCACCUUUUCAGGACAAGGAAAAUUUGUUCGGAUGUGUGUACGGCCGCCAAGGCAAACUUUGAGAAGUGUAUACAAGAAAUACUUCAACAUAUGAAGAUAAAUAUUAUUAUAUUUGACAAAUUCUGUGCAACAAAACUUUCAAGGGGAACUAUUAAAGGAAAACUCGUUGACCCUACACACGAGAACGUAAAUUUGUCAAGGAAAAUUUGACAAGGAAAACUCUGUAAUCAAAUGCUCUAUAUAAACGUGGCCAUAAAGUGUAUCGAAAACUGGCAUAUUGUAUCAAGCCAGUAUAAGCAGCAUAUAUUGUGCUAUUAUGGUACGUACGUAUACAAGUGUACUUAUCACAGUAAAAAUUGUCAAACUUGCGUAUAUACAGACGAGCAAAUAAAACGGCUUGCCACAUAAAAACUUAUCUCAUAGAAAACUUGCUCGUCUCAUGCAGCCGGCUUAAUUUAAGAAUUAAGAUUGAUCAUUAAUUGUGUUAAUUGCAUUAAAAACUUGCUUAUUUUUUUCAAUUUCCAAAUAUAUUUCAAAAGGUC